CAGGAUGCUUCAUGAGGCACGUACGCACACGCACAGUCUAGCUCUCCCUCCUUCUCUGACGUGCACAGGUGCUCACGCGAUGUGAAGCACAGGUUGUCUUGUGUGCGCGCUCUUGCUCGCCCGCUCGCUCGCUCUAGAUUCCGGGAGAUCUGAAGUAAUUUGCGGGCAUCAGGGAGCCGCUAUCAAUAUGUGGGAUACUCCCGGACCUCCUGAGAGACGUGGGAUGCCUGGCCUACCAUAAAUUCAAUUUAAGUUACGAUCAAAAAUCGCUUUCACACGAGGAGGUACUUUUGAAGUAAAAGCGAAAGUAAAUAGCCUGUCUCCGUGACGCAGUAACUCUGUUGUUUUGUAUCGAGGGCACACAGUUUGUAGCUUAAGGGGCUUCUGAGAGGGCUACAUCAUAGCAGCCUACCCUCUAAAGUCCUGGACAGAUCAGUCCACUAUUUCAUAUGUUUCUGUUGCUGUGGCUUCUGUUAGAACACCAUCUUCAACUGUUCUGUUUACAGAGAGCCUCUCCCACUGCUGCUAGGAUGAGUGUCUCUCAGGAGAGAGAGGAGGCUGCAGGUCCCAGUAAAACACCCAGACCAGAGUCUGCAGCACACAGCUGUGUGCAACAAAGCAGCAAAGCAACACACUCUGAUGGAGGCCCACAGACAGACAGACCUCCAUCUCCAGUGCCCAGCUGUGUGUCCAUGAAGAGUGAUGCGUCCAUUGGUGCUUUUAUCAACUUCAGCAGUGAACCAGUUCCAUCAGGUGUAGACCCACCGACACACAGACCUCCAUCUCCAGUGCCCAGCUGUGUGUCCAUGAAGAGUGAUCGGUCCAUGGGUGCUUUUAUCAACUUCAGCAGUGAAACCGUUCCAUCAGGUCUAGAGUUAAGGGCUGAUCUGACCCAGGAUCUAGGACCCAGGAGACACCUGCACACUGGACAUACACCAGGCAGAAAGAGGGAACUAGAUGAGGACCUGAGGAGAGUUAUAAAGAAUCACAAAGCCAGUCUGAAGAGGAGGUUUGAGAACAUCUCUGAAGGCAUCAUCAAACCAGGAGCUGAGAUACUCCUCAAUAAGAUCUACACAGAGCUCUACAUCACAGGAGGAGAGAGUGAAGGGGUGAAUAAGGAACAUGAGGUUUGGCAGGUAGAGUCAGCGUCCAGAUCUCAGUCCACAGAGGACAUACCGAUCAACUGCAACGACAUCUUCAAGCCCUUACCUGGACAGGAGAAGCACAUCAGAACUGUGAUGACCAAAGGUGUUGCUGGAAUUGGAAAAACUGUCUCAGUUCAGAAAUUCAUUCUUGAUUGGACAGAUGGGGUAGCCAAUCAGGAUAUAGAUUUUAUGUUUCCCCUUUCUUUCCGUGAGCUUAAUUUAGUCAGAGGUGAUCAGUACAGUCUUCACAGGCUCCUGCUCGACUUCCACCCUGAGCUGAAGGAGCUGAAUGAUGUUGAAGGAUACAAAGACUGUCAGGUUGUGUUCAUCUUUGAUGGUUUGGAUGAGAGUCGGUUGACUCUGGACCUGGAGCAGAACAGUAAGUUGUCUGAUGUGAAACAAACAUCAUCAGUGGAUGUUCUGAUGACGAGCCUCAUUCAGGGAACUCUGCUUCCCUCUGCACUCAUCUGGAUAACCUCAAGACCAGCUGCAGCCAGUCAGAUUCCUGAGCAGUUCAUCGACCAGGUAACAGAAGUACGAGGAUUCAAUGACCCACAGAAGGAAGAAUACUUCAGGAAGAGAAUCAGUGAUGAGAGUCAGGCCAGCAGAAUCAUCUCACACAUUCAGACAUCCAGGAGUCUCCAUAUUAUGUGCCACAUUCCAGUCUUUUGUUGGAUUGCAGCUACUGUACUUCAGCAGAUGCUGGAAAUGAAAAACAUCAAAGACAUUCCCAAAACGCUGACUGAGAUGUUCAUACACUUCUUGCUCAUCCAAACUACAAGAAAGGAUCAGAAGUAUCAGAGUGGAUCAGAAAAAGAUGCAAAGAAACUUCUGGAAUCUCAGAGGAACAUUUUACUGAAGCUGGCAGAACUGGCUUUCAAGAAUCUAGAGAAUGGCAACCUCAUGUUUUAUGAGGAAGACCUGAUAGAGUGUGGUAUUGAUGUCAGUGAAGCCUCAGUGUACUCUGGCAUGUGCACUGAGAUCUUCAAGACAGAAAAUGUGGAAUCUCAAAAGAAGAAGGUGUACUGCUUUGUGCAUCUGAGUGUCCAGGAGUUUCUGGCAGCUGUGUUUGUGUUUCACUCGUAUUUGGCUAAGAACUUUGAGGCAUUGAAAUGCUUCCUCGGUGAAAAGGAAAGAGAUGAACUCAAUCCAUCAUUUUUAUCUUCUCUUCAAUCAGCACUAGGGUUAAAAGACAAUUUACAUGUAUUACUUAAGAGUGCAGUUGAUAAGGCUUUGGAGAGCCAGAACGGACACCUGGAUCUCUUUCUUCGCUUUCUAAUGGGCGUUUCUGUGGAGAGAAAUCACAAACUUCUGCAAGGUCUACUGAGCAACACGCACAACAGUUCGUAUAGUAU